AAUCAUUAUCAGAACUACUUCCACCACAGUUUUUGAAAAAUUAUAAAUAUAUGGGGAUAUUGCUAAUUCAAUUAUUAGUUACUUUCUUCUUUUUCAUUAUUAUACAAGUAUCAAUUGAGUUCAUUAUAUUCAAUUCAUAUCAAUUCAUACACACAAAUUCACAAAUAAAUCACAAUGGGUAAAGUUUCAGUUGCAGUUAUUGGUCUCAAUGGUCACUUAGGUAAACCAGUUUUAGAAGCUAUUAACUCAGGUAAAUUCGAUGAUAAGAUUGCUUUCCCUAUCAAAGCCUUAACUAGAAAGGAACAAGCUUCCACUGACAAGAUACAAUAUAUCACUACUGAAAUCAAUGAUGAAACAGUUUCUUCUAUUUCUAAGAGUUUAGAAGGAACUGACGUUAUAAUUGAAUUAGUUCAGCCAUCUCCUGAUUUAUUCGCCACUAUUGAAAAAAUCGUCAAAGAAGUUAAACCAAAAUUAUUCGUUCCAUCUCAAUUUGGUACUGAUUUAAUUCAAGUUGAUAAAUUUGCUCCUGGUUUCUUAGGUCUUAAAACUCAACAUUCAGAAAAUGUUCGUAAAUUUGGAAUUAAAGUCGUUGAUGUUAUUACUUCUUUAUUUGCUGUUCCAGGUGGCUUCUUAUAUGAAUUAGUUGCUUCUGUUGGUGUGGAUACUGCCACUAAAACCGUUGUUCAAAGAGGUGAACCAACUGAUAAAUUCUCCAUUACCAAAUUAGAAGAUAUUGGUUUCACUGUUGUUUCUUUAAUCACUUUGCCAAUUGAUAAAUUACCUGAUACUUUAAGAAUCCUGAGUGAUGUUAUCAGUUUCCAAGAUGUAAUUGAUAAAUAUGAAAAGAGUCAUGAUGUGAAAUUAACCGUUACCAAAACAAUCUCUAAAGAACAAACAUUAAAAGAUUUACAAGAAAAAUACGCUACUGGGUUUGAGUUCAAAGAUUUCUUCUUUUAUUUACAUUCCAUUGCAGCUUUAGGUUUAGACAAAGGGUUAUAUUAUAGUGAAGUUCAUAAUGAGUUAGUUAACCCUGGUGAAAAAUAUUGGAAAUGGGGUAAAUUUUAAACGACUUGAAUCUCACCGACCUUUUAAGCGAAAAUAUUAAACUUUCA